AUGGAUACGCCUACAACUGCUCCAACUGACGUGCCAGUCACAACUGGUGUCUAUAAUCCGCUUGGACCGACUGAGAUUAGACUCGUCGAGAUACUGCCCGGGGCCUUUGACGAUCCGAUCGACAUCAACAUCAGUGUCGUCGACCUCAAGAACGAUCCGGUUUACGAUGCUCUGUCAUAUGUCUGGCACGCAAAGGAUGGUACCGUGGAUACAAAGAAGCCCCUGGGGUUUGCCAUAGUCCUUAAUAACGACUCCUACCGGAUACCUAUUGGCGCAAACCUCGAGGCAGCAAUUCGGUACUUGCGGUUCCCAAGGCUGAUGAAGAGUAUCUAUUCUUCAGCAAAGCAGGUCCUGAUAUGGCUCGGCCCUCCUCAAAAUUGUAGCAAUCUCGUCGUGGAGGUGAUGCGCACUGGUGACCUCGAGUCAUACAUACUGGCUGGGACUCACAUUGAUCUCAAGUCGAUCAGACUGGCUGGAUUUCUGGACAAUCUGGAACUCCUUCUUCGAAGACAUUGGUUUGGAAGGGUUUGGUAUGUUCUCCAAUACCCGCUCUUACUUGACACCAAAGGCUUAUUCUAUGUGCCUGCGUGA